CGUUCACGCACAUCAUGACCGACUUCACCAUCGAGACCGGCGAGGCCGAGGCUGCCAAGUUCCACGCCGCCUUCGCCGCGGGUUUCGCCGCCAACAAUCACGCCGAGACGAUGGCUGGCAUGUUCGCCGAGAAGAUCGACGUCGAGUGGUCCGACGGUUUCGCCGGUGACAAGACCCCGUCGGAGGUCUUCGAGCAGUUCGCCAAAUCCUGGGGGUUCAUGGUCAGCAACUUCCUCUGGUCCCCCGACACCAUCGUGGACACCAGCAACGACAAGAUCAUCAUGUUCGGCCGCCUGAUCAUCAACAUCGACGGCAAGCUCGGCUCGCCCAACCUCAUCGACAACAAGCUGUCGUUCGUCCUCAAGUACGACUCCGCGGGUAAGAUCUGCCAGUGGACCGGUUACUGGGACAACACGUACGCGCCCAUGCUCGAAGCGCUGGGUAAGGUCUCCGCCGCCCUCGAGGCUGCCAAGUAAGCCGCCAGAGGGCCUUCCGCAUCCUUCGUUCCGCGUCACCUCUCGCAUUACGUCACCUCGCAUAACGUUAUUUCAGAUAUUUUUAGAAAUCCUCGCUUUUAAUUAGGAGUUUUACGUUUCAAUCGU